AAUGCGCUGACAAUUGCGUAUAAGAGAACUGUUACUUCUGUGAGGGUGAACAAAAGGCUGUUAUUCCUAAUCUGUCCUUAGAAUAAGCGAUAACCCAUUAAUUCACAAAUGUUCACGUAUAUAGUCUUUCUUAAAUUCCCCAGUAAUAGCUUUUUGUUUUCAACAGCUCUUGAAUUCACCUUUUUCUCAGACAUAACUUGUUUUCCUAACGUGUUCUGGAUCAGCAAAGUGCAGAAUUGAUUACUGCUGAAUCAUAAGAUUCUUAUACAACAGAAAGCGAAUUGCUGGUGUGUGAAGAACAGGUGAAACAUCUGUGAUACUGAUUUUAUGUGCUGAUAUCACCGUCUUGAACUGCUGUUCUGAGCAUUUUGGUGUAGACUUCUCUGGACUGUCAUUCUAUGAGUCUCAAAGAAUGGAGACUGAUUACAAUCCUAUGGAGAUGCCCAAUAAUAUGGGCUUUGAAGAGAAUUCUGAUUAUAGAGACUUCGAUGGAACGGAUGUGAAAGAUAUGAGACUAGAAGCAGAAGCUGUUGUGAAUGAUGUUCUAUUUGCUGUCAGCAACAUGUUUGUCUCAAAAACCCUUCCAUGUGCAGAGGAUGUGGCCUAUAUCAAUGUGGAGACCAGGGAAAGGAACAAAUACUGCCUGGAGCUCACGGAAGCAGGACUUAGGGUAGUAGCUUAUGCUUUUGAUCAGACUGAUGACAGUUUACAAACGCCAUACCAUGAGACUGUCUACUCCUUAUUGGACUCUCUCAGCCCUGCUUAUCGAGAAUUUUUUGGAAAUGCAUUACUACAAAGACUAGAAGCUUUGAAGAAGGAUAGUCAGUCAUGAUUCAUCCUGAAGUGAGAAAGGUUAAUGCUAAAAGGAAUCCUUAGUAUAAGGUAUUGAAAUCUUUCUUACAAACGUAUCUUAAGCUUUGUUUCUUGCAUUAAUAUCUAAUUCAUUGUAGUACUGAUGCAUAACAUUUUGCCUCAGUUGGUUUGUUAGCUCAAAAGGCCAUGCAAGUCUCUCAAUAAAUUGUAAUAUCUUUCUUGUUUUCUUUCUGUUGUAAGUAAACAAAUAACUUGCUUCCUGUAACAUUCAAAAAAUGUAGUCUCUUUUCAAAGUGUUAUUACUGAAAACUCUAGAAAAUGUCUUAGUGAGAACUGUUUAGGGCCUGAAUGUUGUGUGUGCAAGUAGUGAUCUUUUUUUUUUUGUACUUGCUGAUUGUUUUCAAAUAUGCUUUUUAAAAUAGAUGUUAAUUAUUUGCUUUACCCAAAUAAUGGGGAACUACUGUUUUGCACAGAAUAGAAUUGCAGCUUGUUUUGCUGCAUAAAUCAGAAAAUUGUUUGCUUCAUUAACAAAAAGGAUGGCUCUUGAAUGCUUGAGCAUUGUUUAUAUAGUGACAGUAAAUUAUAAACAAGUCUAUAAAUUUAUCUGUCCUUGUCUAACACCUAGCAAACUCUAAAUAGUAACGAGCUGUACUGUUAAUAGGUGAAUGUAUUGUCUGAAUUGCAAAUAAGCUAAGCACAGAAGUAAAUUAGGGUGUAACGACCUAUGUUUUCUUAAAGAUGAUGGUAUAUAUGCUAUAUGUGUGUGUGUAUAUAUAUAUAUGUAUGCUAUAGUGUAACUGUUGGGAGGUUUGGAAGACACCCUAGCCUGUUUACUAUUCUGAAUGUGUGUUUACAUGAUGUACCGGAUAUAGCCAAGUGUAUUUUUCCUUCAGCCAUUACUUUUGAUAAUAUAGUACUUCAGCACUCCCAUGCUUUUGCCUUUUCUCUCUCCAAUGUACAGCAUCCUCUUCUAAUGAAUUCUAAGUAAACACUGUAGUGUUAAUUGCAUUGCAUUGGUUUGCAACCAAGGGCUGUAUGAAAUUUAUUAUGACUAAUACCAAACUGGAAGGUGUAACUUGUAUUUUCUACAUCAAAAUGGUAGAAAGCUCUUUAUAAAUCUGUUGUACUAUGCUCAGUUUUCAAGCGUGUAUUGAAUGGUAGACAUUUUAAAAAUUACAGUUGGCUAGAAAUACCAGAACAAACAUUCUGUGAUGAUCAUGCUUUUUGUAUUCUUGUGUUGUUCAGUAUUUGCACAUCUUUAUUUAAAUAAUCCGGCCUUUAUUCUGUGCUCUUAGCUCCCUGGAUUUAUGCUUAGGGAUAGCUCAUCAGCUCAUGUAAACUCACAAGUUCCAUUGACUUCAGUGGAGCUAUAUUGACUUAUAGAAGCUGAGGAUUAGUCAUAUUAAUUGGAGAAGCCUAGCAGAGUAUUUAUAAUAGCUUGGGAUAGUGAUAUUAUAACUGUGACUGACAAGACAGCUUGUAGUCAGAGCUUCUGUUUUCUAGAGAUUAUUUUAAUAUUUAUUUCAUUUUUUUAGAUUGAAAUUUCUGAUGUUAAUCCUCUCUUGUAGAGUGUGCUUUCAUGCUCUAAAAAUUGUUUAUGGGCUUUCUUUUGCACACAGAUUUGUGGCAUUUUGUUAGUCCUCUGUGAGGAGAAUGUACUUUACUGAAUUCAUAUUUGAAUAUUUUUUCCUUACAACUAACUUACAUGUUCCAUUUCAGUGACUAAAGCAUUAAAUAAAUGCACCACUCUGUUGUGGUUUUCUUGGGGGAAGGGAGUGAACAAACCAAGUUCUGUAUCUCCAUAAACAUCAGCUAAUUAUUUGAAAAGCAUCUUUGGCUGCAAACUCACAACUACUGAAACUUUAUGGUGGAAAAUAAGGUAAAUAAUUGUAAAGAUGGAACAGGAGAGGAAAUGUUAGAUGUUCACAGGGAAAAAUGUUAAAGGUUAUGAUACAUUGCUGGA